CCAAAAUGUCAUUCUGCUGUCACCGAGAAAAACAGCACCGCGGGCAGCUCAUGAGGUAAUCGUGAAAUCAACAACAAAUCCCACCCGAAAGUUCGCUGUCCGGUGGUGGUUGCCGGUGAAUCGGAAUUAUUACACAAGUGUGCCGUGUGCCGGACGUAAAAAGUGAAGGAAACAAUACACAGAACCGUAAAAUGGCUUUGUUUGCACGCUGUGGGCCACUGCCCAUGUGGAGCCGGACGGUACAGGCGGUCAGCUAUCGACUGCAAUCGACCCGUUUACAGGAGGACGGUGUUCGGGCUGCUGCUGCUGGUGGCAUUCAGGAAGAAGAAUUUCGUGUUUUGAAUUUAAAACAAACAAAGUCGCAGCGAUUGGCACGCCGGAAAGCUGCCCGUCCGGAUGUUCCACCGCCACGUUCACAGCAGAUGGCAACGGAUCAGGAUUGGGGUGCCGUAUGGCCCGGGCCGCGCUCCUUCAACCCGUCCGCAGUGCCGCUCCCGAUCCGCCAGGGAUACGCCACCAAGCGCAACCAAAUGUCACCGGGCAAGUUUGCCAAUGCGGAGCUGAUGAAGAUACCGAACUUUCUGCAUUUGACGCCACCCGUUAUCAAGCGACAGUGUGAGGCGCUGAAACAGUUCUGCACACCAUGGCCAAAGGGGCUCGAAACGGAGGAGAAGAUGCGGGCACACUUCCCGAUGACCUGCGUGACGUCGGACUACUGCCAUGCGCUACCCACCAUACGCAAUCCAUUGUCGCGCAUCGUUACGGUACAGCUGGAGCUCGGAUCGUUGCAGCUGGAUCGCCAUGCGAAGGAUAAACUGCUCCGGUUGGUGGGCGAACGGUACAAUCCCGAAACGGAUCUGCUUACGAUCGUAACCGAUCGGUGUCCGUUAAAGAAACAAAACUACGAUUAUGCGAUCUAUCUGCUGACCGCCCUGUACCACGAAUCGAACACGGUGGAACCGUGGGAAGCGACCAAGAGUGAGGCCGAUAUGGAGUAUUUCGAUUUCGAGACGAGUCGCAGCAAGCGUAACGCUGAGGCAACGCUCAACUGGAACCGGAAGGAGGGUGACAGUGGGUGGGCGAAGGUGCCGGAAGCGUACGGGGAUGCGGUUGCGAAGCUGUUCAACGAAGGAGAAAACGAGUAUAAUAUAACCAAAUAUAAGGAGCAAACGUUAGGUUUGUUGGGGUUGGGCAAGGAGGCGCAGUAGAGGGCAGGCACGAAGGGAGAUGGGAGGUAGUGUGUUUGAAGUGAGGAAGAAUAAUAAAAGAACUAAAUAAUCUUAA